AACGAAGAGCAAAGGUACAUAUUUAUAGGGCUAAUCCUACAAACCCCUUUCCCCUUAAGACAAGGAAACCCAAACCCAAAGCAACAAGUAAACGAAUACUUCCUAAACAAGAUAGGUAAUAAUAAUCCUAGACCCAAACUAAUACGAAUAACCCGAAUAAUAACCGAAUAUCCCAACAGAUAAUAAUAAUAAAAC